GUAUCUCCUCUUCCCAAAUUGUCCAAUUUUUCGCCGCAAUCCGAGCGUCAGUUAGGGGGACAUCACCUGUACACGUUCGAACGUUUACAAAAGCGACGCGUGUCGUACGCUCGAACGGCUUACGUGAAUGAAGGAUAGCGGACGUUAUGACAAGCUGGAUGAAGAUAAGAAGUAGCAUUUCUCUAUUUAUAUUCCGGCUACUGUAUAUAGCGCGAGAGAAGCGUGAAUGCGAGCACUACCGUGAACACCGUAGUCGAAGACGGGUCUCGUCGGUUUCCCCUCCGCGAAGUUCCACUCGUGAUCGCCUGUGAGCAUGAAUCUACCGAGUAUCGUGGACCCGGAUCAGGUGAAAGAAUCGUUGAUAGCCCAUCUGAAGGAGAACAGAAUCAUCGGCGACGAUCCGUUGCCGUGGACCGUCGGCUACUCGAAAUUGGGAGGCCGCGGCCUGUUCGCCACCAGGAACAUCGAGCCUAACGAGCUGAUCUUCGUCGACGCGCCCCUAAUCGUCGGGCCAAGGUGCGCGGCCAGUAGACUUCCGAUGUGCGUGUGCUGCUACAAGAACGAGUGUCCGCUGUUUCCGUGCGACCGUGGCUGCGGCUUGCCGGUCUGCUCGGUGCAAUGCGAAAAUUCACCGAACCAUGUGGACUACGAAUGCAAGUACUUGAGGUCGUUGGUGCCGACUUCCGGUACCGACUGGUCCUUCGACCUGCUGCUGACCGUGAUACCGAUACGAGGACUGUUCAUGACCGAGCAACAACGAAAAUGCUUGGCCGGGUUCCAGUGGGACGAGAGUCACCUCGCCGCCUUCGAGGCCGAACUACUGCAACGGAAUGUAGCAAAUCCGCCAAGCGAAGAGGACCUGGAGUUAAUGAAACGCGUAUGCGGAACGUUCGCCACGAACGCGUUCGAAACGGUCAGCGUCCAGGAUAACGAUCAUUCCUCGAGCUUACGCGGUCUUUAUCCUCUCGGGGCACUGCAGAAUCAUUGUUGCACGCCGAACACGAGGCAUCAUUUCGACAACGGGCAACGCCUCUACGUGAACGCCGCCCGUCCGAUUUCCGCCGGGGACGAGCUGACCAUGUCUUACACGAGCUUGUUCUGGGACACCACGCGGCGACGACGCUUUCUAAGCGUCACCAAACGUUUCGCCUGCGCUUGCAAACGGUGCAGCGAUCCCACGGAAUUUGGAUCUCGAUUAGGAGCGCUGUUAUGCGAAUCCGAGAAAUGUUCCGGAAAUCUGCUGCCCCAGGAUCCGCUAAAUUCGACGUCGUCCUGGAUCUGUGAUAAAUGCUCCAUCGUCAUGAGCAACCGAGAGGUAACUUCGAUUCGUUCUAGCUUGUCGGCUAUCAUGGAGAACGUUAUGUAUAAAACUCCGCGUGAAAUUUAUGAUUUUAUGCAGAGGGAACUGAAACUUGUGAUCCCGCUCACUAAUUAUCUUAUUAUGGACAUUAAAUUCCGAAUUAUUUCAUACUACGGUAGAGCCGAGGGAGUGCAAUGGGGAGAUUUAACCGACGCGGAGCUCGACACAAAGGCCAGAUACUGCAAAGACUUGCUCGCCACGUUAGACAUUUUGAAUGGCGGUGACAGCAAGAAGAAAGGGCUUCUUUUGUACGAGCUAUAUUGCACAAACAUGGAGAAGACGAAGAGAUUACGGCAGCAACAGAACAUUCGAAAUGAACGUGCACAGUUUUCUAUACAGAAUGAUGAAAACGAGCGUCUAUUGGAGGAUGCAAUGACCAUAUUGCAAAAUGAUGUUGUGGCUGCUGUUAACUUCGAGUGUGAUAAAAAGUAUUUUAAACAAUGUUAAUUGUUCCAUUAAAAGUAAUAUAAAGAAUAUAGACAUUUUAUAACAAAGGAAAAUAAUUAUCUCUUGAUAUUGAAAGUUAAUACUUAUCUAUAAACAUUAUCUAACAUAUAUAUCUCCUAAGUGUGUACAAAACUCUAUUUAUAAAAGACCAGGUAAAAAGUACAGUCGCUAUAUAUGUAUACGUGGAUCAAAUCAUUUAAUUCACAUAUAUUAUCAAAAUAUUAAGAAAAUAUCUUCUCGAAAUAGUAUAAGCACACAAAAUGUUUAGUAAUAAAUUUUUAAAUUUAAGUAUCUAUAAUAAUGAUUCUUUUUUUGCAAUUUAUAAAAAAAGAUAUGAUAUAAAAUGUGAUAUAACGUUUUUUGGUAAUGUAUGUUCCACAUUCUUCCAAUCUAGUCACUCUGUUAUAAUCAAUCUUUGCAAUUAUAAUUCACAUAAAGAAUAUGUUAUAAAAUUUGAAUAAUAUACAAAAGACAUUUAAUUAAGAUGAUCGAAGAGCUAAGUACUAAAAAAAAAAUUGUAUCAAUUUAAUUCUUUCCUAGAUUGCACCACUGAAGGUUGAACUGGUUGCAGUAAAUAUUAACUGCACCAAUUUAACAUGUAACAAACUGAUGCCACUGAUGACACUUUUGCCUUAUGCUGUACUAUUUUAAAUAGCAACAAUGUGCAAUUUUGGGAGUCAUGUCCUACAAAUAAACGCUUUUUUCAUACAA